AAAUGGUGCUGCGGCGGGGCGCAGAGCAGUCGACGGGAAGUCGGGUUGCCGGGCAGCUGUCCAGCGGAGCCGAAGUCGGCUCCGAAGCGCCGAUAUGAGCGGCGGCCGGUUUGCGCGGCCGCGGUGAGCGUCCGAGAGCAGCGACCGCAGCGUCCGAUGGCGGCAGAGUGGCAGAGCGGCAACGCGAGCGCGCGGUGGAACGCGUCGGCGGCGGCGGAGGACGCGCCGGCGGACGGCUUGACGGCGCUGCGCGUGCUGGUAUCGGCGGUGUACUUGGUGAUCUGCGCGGGGGGGCUGCUGGGAAACUUGCUGGUGCUGGCGCUCGUCAAGCCGCGCGGCCCCGGCGGCGCCGCCGCCGUCGACGUGUUCGUCGUCAACCUGGCCGUGACGGACCUCGGCUUCGCUCUGACGUUGCCCUUCUGGGCGGCGGAAAAGCUCCUGGACUUCAGCUGGCCCUUCGGUCACGCCAUGUGCAAGGUGGUCUUGAGCGCCACGGUGAUGAACAUGUACUCCGGCGUUUUCUUCCUCACCGCCAUGAGCGUCGCGCGUUACCGCUCCAUGGCGCGGGCGCUGCCGCCGCGCCGCGGCCGGCGACGACGCGGCCGGUCGGCGGGCUGGGCGGCGGGCGCGCUGUGGGCGGGCGCCGCCUUGGCCGCGACCCCCGCCGCCAUCUUCUCGACGGUGCGCCGCGUGGCCGGGGAACGUCUUUGCCUGCUGGGUUUCCCCGAAGGCGGCGCCUGGCUGGCGCUCUACCACGUGCAGAAGAUCCUGCUGGGCUUUGUGCUGCCGCUGGGCGUGGUGUGCGCCUGCUACCUGCUGCUGCUGCGACUGCUGCGCGGGCGCGGCGCCGAGCGGCGGCGCCGACGCGCCCGCGUCACCCGCUCCGUCACCAUCGCGGUGAUGUCCUUCUUCCUGUGCUGGAUGCCCAACCAGGCCGUGACUUUGUGGGGCGUCCUGGUCAAGUUGAACCUGCUCCAGUGGGACGGCGCCUACUACGCGGCGCACACGUACGCGCACCCCCUCAGCGUGUGCCUGGCCCACGCCAACAGCUGCCUCAACCCGCUGCUCUACUGCCUGCUGCGCCGCGAUUUCCGAAGCCGCCUCAAGCGGCUGUGGAAGACGGCGCGGCUGGCCGCGGGACGCCACGCGCGCCCCGGCGGGAUUCCGCUCGCCGACGCGGAGAACAGCAAAGACCGCCGAGAGCCGCCGAGAGCCGAACUCGAUUGAGCCGAGGCGCGCGUCGAGGCGCCUCCGCUUCCUAGUUGGGCCGAUUCAGACUUGGGCCACCAGAUGGCGCCAGUGAACGUCACAACAUCAGUUCGUGAGCUCCCGUUUUUCUCACAGCUUUUUGUGCCGCUAUUUCCGACGGAGAGCCUGACGAUGUCCACUGAAUUCAAGCUUGAAAUCAUGAAAACACGAGCCCGGUGCGCGUGCGGGCAACUUGGCGAGAGGCAGAAACGUCGUACUUUGAGCAUACGUGCUGUCCUGAAGGCCAAGGUCUUCUUCAGUGGCUGCAGUGCUUGCCACGAGCCUCCGAAUGUUUUGAAGUGCAUUACGAAAACCGUGACCCAAGUUUAAAAUUCUGCUUUCAACGGAGGUGAAACCCUUUAAAAAAAUAAAUCUUAACCGUAGUUGAAAACGUUACUUUGUACUGCCAGCCCUUUGAAACCCUUCUUUGAACUCGGUUGUUCGUGGUUGGGUUCUGAGAUUUGCUUUGUUUGUUGUGUUAGUCUAGUUGUCUCCAAAAAUUCUAACUUGGUCACACUAAUAUUUGUGCGCACUGACCAACUUGAGAUCGAAUAGACUUGAGGACCGGGACGAUUUAGCCAAAUUAUGUUUAGCAUCCCCGAGGCUGGGAGCAUAUAAUGUCCUGUAUUUAACAGUUGCCCGAAGAUGGCCAUUUUCUUAUAGUCCUAUAUUCUUUGACAUGCACAAAACUUGGACGAUCGAGAGUUAAAAGUUAAUAAUAUAAUAUAAUUAACUGAAACUGAAGAGGAGGU